AGAGAGAGUUGAUCUUUACCUUUUCUACAUGCCAAGCGAUAUGGCACUAAAAAUCCUAUAUAUAUAAGCUAGGGUUAGGGUUAGAUAGGCAUCAACUACCCACAAAGCUGCUUAUAGCAUUUACUCUUCUUAUUUUUAUUUCCCCCUCACCAUUUCUGCUGUCUCUUAUACAUCUAUAAUCAACAUCAUCCGAAUCACGAUCUUGAUCUGGUUCAGCGCGAAACAGGUUCACCAGAGAAGCAAGAAAUUGAUCAUCUGAAAGAAAGAAAACUAUAACUAGGGUUUCUUGAAAGGAAAAGAAAAAACAGAGAAAAAGAAAGUCAUGAAGAAGAGGCAAGUGGUGGUGAAGAGAGAUGGGUCGACUAGGAAUUGCACAACAUCGUCAUCGGCAGUCAGGAGUGUUCGAUACGCGGAGUGCCAGAAGAAUCAUGCGGCCGGUAUCGGAGGAUAUGCCGUGGAUGGUUGCAGGGAAUUCAUGGCCAGUGGCGAGGAAGGCACAAGUGAUGCCCUCACUUGUGCUGCUUGUGGAUGCCACAGGAACUUCCACAGAAGAGAAGUCGAGACAGAGGUCGUCUGUGAGUACUCGCCGCCUCCUAAUUCUAGUCACCGAUAGUUGAAAAACGUGUGUGCUUAAUUUAUACAACACAACACUCACAGCAUGUAAAGCAUCUCGUUCUGAUUUUAGUUUCACGAAUGUGUGACAUGGAGGUACUCCUAGAUUAAGGUUGUACGAUCAUCUCUGGAUGAAGUUCUCGAUGCCCUCUGUAACAGAAAUGCCGAGCAAUCACUUUAACCACAAAAUGUCCAACUAUUGAUGAUGAGGUUUCUUCUUGCAAUCUUCUUUAUACA